GUUUAGUGAGGAUUUCAUUGGUUCAAUUUAGCGAAUACAGAAUUGUUAUUGGUCAAAAAAAUAAAAAAAGGAAUAAAUUACAACGGAAUUUUGGUUUCAAUAAACUGGAGUAUUUUGUUCAAUCCUUCCUUCAAAAUCACUAAAUAUUAUUUGGAAAAGAUCGGACCAUUUGUGUCUCUCACAUAUCAAAAAAAUCAAGGAAAAUGGAUCAAAACCAAGUGGACGUCUUAGACAUUACGGACAUGGGAGGCACCAAGGUCCACAUAAAAUUCAAAGGCAGAGAGGAUAGCGCCAUGAAGAACUUCAUGACACAUGGACCAUGUGUCAUUUCUAUCAAAUCGACAGCAACUCCAUAUCUAUAUAUGGCAGACGUGCAAUAUGCAAAUGAAGACGACAAGCAAAACGCGCUCAAAGCGUACACAAGGCCAAAAUCGCACAACACAAUGAAAAAAAUGGGAUACAUAGAAGGAAAAGGACUAGGUAAAAAUCUACAGGGUAGAAUAGAACCAGUAAAAGCCAUACCCAACGAACACAAACAGGGUCUAGGUGCAACAGCCCUAGACUAUUAUCAGGACCACCAGAACACUGGAUUCACCGAGCAAAAACAAAUAUUAUCAGCAAUCCUGGAAGAACCAAGAGAAGUGACGAGCGCAAAUAAAAUAAACGAAAAGUCCAUAGCAAUAAGCAUAAGGGGAAACCCAACACACAUAGCAGCAGAUCUAAAACAGUUUGGACCAUGUGAUAUUGAAAAAAUAUACACGGACCAACAAGGACGCACCAAGCUGGUAGUCACGUACCAUAUAACACUACAUAACCAAAAGGCAAUGGACUAUGUGAUAAGGCAAAUAAAGAAAUCAAACAACAUGACGCCUGAUACAACUACAAAGGACCAACCACUAUUGGCCAUUCUUACACCCAUGGUACCAGCUACAGGAAUGGUACCACAAUCGGUCUUACCAUUUUUACCAGCCGCUUUACGAACACCAUUAUUUGCAACGCCGACAACACCACCAUUAUCGGCAAAACCGCAAACCAAACCAAGCGAGAAACCUGUACCGAUGCCACCAGUAGUAACCGGACCAUUGGAUGAUACAGCGGGACUGCGACUCUGUGCCCAGGUACCGUUGGGCAUGAAAUUCAAAGAGUUCGCGAGAAUUUUUGGCAUAUUUGGACCAUUGGACCAUAUAACUUUUGUGUUGCACAAAAAUCAAGAACCAGGCACACCAUUCCGCAAGUACCUCGCUUUCGUGCAAUACUUUGAAAAAGAACACGCGAAGAAGGCAAUCGACCACUGCACCGAAAGAUUCAAACAGAGAUGGGCGACGCCGAAACAUGUUAAGAAUCAAGAUACACAAUACAGGAAAAGGCACCAUAUCUGCGGAAAACUCGCUGACCACAGAAACAAAUUGGACCAUGAGUUUGUGUGCAAAAUACAGAACGGAGAAAAGUUGGAACUACACAAAAAUUGCGGACAAUACUUUGAGUACAAACACAUAGACACCCAUGCAAUAGAAUGCAAAGGGAUUCUACAAAAACCCAUAGAAGAAGAGAGGUCCACGCAAAACGACCAGCAACACGCAACAGACAGAGAGGAAUCCGCAUCGCCUGAUCUAAUUAUAAUAGAAGAAAUGGACCUGGAAGAACUGCAGCAACAUGGCGAUACAGACCCACUAGAAACGACAAUGAACCAAAAUCCUAAUCCAGUAAGAGGAGCAGAACAACUACUAUGGUUCAAGGGUAAUGAAGAGCAAAACAACGAAGAAUAGGAAGACAAAAUGAGUCUUUAUAGUUAUGCGCAGCUGUCACAAUAAAUUUUUUUUCUUUCCCCUUUCUUCUACGAAAACUUACAUUAUAUUACAUUUGUAAAAUGGUACCAAAAAUAGCGGGACCCAAAGAAAUAAAUAAUAUACUUUUAUAUUUUUAUACUA